GUUAUCUUCUCAAGCUGGAGACCAACUCUUGACAUAGUUCAUUACGCACUUGACUCAGCGCGCGUUGGCUGUGUUCUAGUCGACGGAUGCGUUUCCCCACCAAACUACAAGCUGGCUCUGGAGAAGCUGCGAUAUGAUCCACAAGCCUGCGUAUACUUGAUUACCAUUUCUUGUGGUGCCGUUGGCUUGGGCCUCACAACAGCCUCUCGAGCCUACCUUCUCGAGCCCCAAUGGAAUCCGACAACCCAAGAGCAAGCAUUGGCCCGAGUUCAUCGCAUGGGCCAGACACGCACCGUGAGAACGGUCCGCUUUGUCGUGGGUGGUUCGUUCGAAGAUGUAUGUAAGGCCCGAGCGCACACCGCUGCUGGAGCUCACAGCAAAUGA